AUGAAGUUUCACAGUAUAAAUGCUUGUAUGGGUUUCAAGAAAACAUCAUAAAAUAAAUAACAAAUAAAAUAUAAGUUUACAAUAAUAAAAAUGAAAGUUUAAAACUUAGUUAAAUUAGUACCUCCUUUUACUCUAGAAACUGCUAUCAAAAAAGUUAGAUUAGCAGAAGAUAAUUGGAACGGAUAAAAACCAGAAAAGGUCUGCUUAGCCUACACUGAAGAUACUGUAUGGAGAAAUCGCUCAGAUUUUGUAAAUGGAAGAUAAGAAGUAGUAGAAUUUUUAAAAAAGAAAUGGCAAAAAGAAUAAAAUUAUAGACUAAUCAAAGAAUUAUUUGCUUUUACUGAAAACAGAAUAGCAGUAAGAUUCGCUUAUGAGUACUAAGAUAUGAAUGGCGUUUGGUUUAGAGCUUACGGAAAUGAAAAUUGGGAGUUCGAUGAAAAUGGACUUAUGAAAAAAAGACAUGCUUCUAUUAACGAUCUUUAGAUUAAUGAGAGUGAUAGAAAAUUCUUUUGGCCCUGUGGAUAGCCACGCCCUGAUGAUUACAAGAGUUUAAGUGAAUUAGGCUUAUGA